AUGGGACUUUGGUCUGGAUCUUGGCUUGCCUGCUCGUUGCUCGUCCUUGCGGCAUCGCAUCAACAGUGUGAUAAUGCCCCGACGAGAAAACACCAGAUCACUUGCGAGCGACUUAUGAGCUGGAAUAAUAUGUCAAAGCCCAUCGAAGAACAGCGAAAAAGAGACGGCCGUCUGAUCGCAAAAGGUCGUCUUGCGGCCGGCAAACGGGAACCACGCGAAUUGGGCGAUUGUAUGGACAUGCCGUGUGUGGCUCGAUUUCUAACCGGAAACAAGGAUAUCAAACCGCCAUUCAUCUACAAGGGAAAAGAAUUGAAAAAGGUAAUUCGAAAGGAGGUACGCCAAAUGACGGAUGAUGAAUGGCACAGAUUGUUAGCGGCAAUUCAAGAACUCAAAGACAAUGGCGUAUAUGAUGAGAUUUCCCUUGUCCAUAUGUCGGUGACGGAAGCUUCGAAUGCACAUAGCGGACCCGCAUUCUUCCCCUGGCAUCGCGAAUAUAUCAAGCGAUUCGAGCUGGAACUACGCCGAAUCGAUCCAGAGCUCUACGUCCCGUAUUGGGAUUCAACACUCGAAUCUGGUCUGCCAAAUCCGCCGGACUCGUCGAUAUGGACAUCCGAAUUGUUCGGCAACGGCCAGGGGCCAGUCAACGUUGGACCAUGGGGUCGAUGGAUCACCGAUAACGACACAAGUAUCCAACGUUCCGUCGGUGAGAACGGCGAUCCAUUCAGCGAAAAAGAGCUACAAAAGUUUUGGGAAUACACGGAUAUUGAAAUGGUGUUGUCGCAGACCGGUGGACCACAAUUGGCAGAUCGCGGCUGUGAGAUGGAGAUGAAUUGGGACUGGUUCGAGUUAAUCCAUGGCAAUGCGCAUAACUGGAUCGGCGGGGAUAUGCUGACGACUUUGUAUGCGACGCGAGAUCCGCCCUUCUAUAUGCAUCAUUCUUUUGUUGAUUUGAUCUGGGAAACUUGGCGCGUAAAGCAUCAGGCGAAACAACAGCGAGAGACGGAAUACCCGAAGAAUAAAAAGUGCAUGACAACCCUUCACUGGCCGACUGCCGUCCUUAUUCCAUUUAAUAAGCGCUUUGCCCCACGACCAAGCUGCGCCAAGGAGAAGCCGCAUUGUGGUAGCAGAUACCUGUUCUGCGACUUGAGCACCGAUCAAGCGCCUCGAUGUGUGGCCAAGGCGGCAACCGGUGGCCAAUGUACCGGCUACAAAAAUGGAGAAGAUGUCUGCCAAAAAGGGAAAUGCGUCGAUGGAAAGUGUGUGGAUGGCGGUAACUUGCAAAAG